AAAGCGGGUACGACGGUCAGACACGUGCGCGCGCCAAUGAAAGUCAAAUAAAAGUUUGCGGUUUGGAGGUUUAUUUCUCUCCUAAUUUGUUCGAAACGCGUGUUUCUAAAAUGGGAUUGACAAAACAAUACCUUCGUUAUGUCCCCGGACCAGUAUUUAACGUAAUUGCAAGCUUGAAAUCCAAUGCCGUAUUUGUGGAAUUGAGGGCACAAGUUGGGCGGUAUGUUGCUGCUGGAGCAUGUGAAAAUGUCAUCAUCUGGGACUCGAAAACUGGAGAAAAAAUAAAUACUUUGUUGGGCGAAAAGCAUUGUGUUACGGUACUAAAAACGAGCCCUAACAACAGACAACUUGCGGUUGGCUAUGAAGAUGGUGUUGUCAGGCUCUUUGACCUCAACAGUGGAGAAUGCUUGGUUACCUUCAGUGGACACAAAAGUGCAGUUACAUGUCUGGCAUUUGACACAGAUGGUAUGAGAUUGGUCUCUGGAGCAAAGGACACAAACAUCAUCAUCUGGGAUACUGUAUCUGAAGCUGGCCUUUACCGUUUGAGUGGACACAAAGGUCCCAUCACCAAAUGCUGUUUUCUCGAACAGCACAAUAUUUUAGUUAGUAGUUCUCUUGAUACAUUGGUCAAAUUUUGGGACCUGGACACCCAACACUGCUUCAAAACACUAGUGGGUCACAGAUCUGAAGUUUGGGAUAUGGUCGUCAUGAAAGACGAUCGUUACUUGGUCACCGGGUGCAGCGAUAGCGAACUGCGAGUAUGGAAGAUUCGCUUUCCGAACGCCGAAGAAGAUGAAGAACAACAGAAAGCUACCCCCAAAAAGGCACGUAGCGAUGCUGACGAAGAAGAAAAAGAAGACGACGAAAAAGACAACGAGGACGAUGACAACAGCAUUCUUCAGUGCACUAAAAUCGGAACGAUAUUGAGACAGGGUCGCGAUCGCGUGCUCAGCAUGACGACAGACGCAAGUCGCAGUAUUUUAGCAUGCCAUGGCAUGGACUCCAUUGUGGAACUCUUUCGUUUCCACAGCGAAGAAGAAAUUCAAAAGAUAUUCAACAAACGCCAACGAAAGUUCAAAAAACAAAAUCCCGAGUCGAAGGAAGAGUUAACAGUAGCAUUGCAAGACGAGGUGCUGCGAAUCCAAUCCAUUCAGGCUUCAGCCAAAGUCAAAGCCAUCGACAUCUAUGUCUCUAGCAAAGAAGAGCUCAAACUUUUGGUGCUGCUGCGUGGCAACUCAUUUGAGAUUCACGUUGUCGGCAGUAAAGUCUCCAACAAGAACGAAAUGACAAAAGUUGGGGCGCUCUCCAUUCCCGGUCAUCGCACGGACGUGCGUGCACUGUGUUUCAGCUCGGACAAGAUUGCAUUGGCAUCCGCCAGUGGAGAAUCAUUAAAGAUUUGGAAUCGAGGCUCGCAAAACUGCAUCAGAACCAUGCCCUGUGAUUACGCUCUCUCGAUCCUCUUUGCACCGGGUGAUCGUAACGUGAUCGUAGCUACCAAGACGGGCAAACUGCAGAUCUUUGACAUCGCAGCUGGACGUUUGCUGGAAGAGAUCGCCGCUCACGAAAAAGAGGCCUGGUCUAUCGCCAUGAGUCCAGAUCUUCGUGGCAUAGCGAGUGGCGGUGCCGAUAAGAAGGUCAAAUUUUGGCAAUUUGAAUUAGUGCCCGACUUAGCAGGGGAGUCGAUGGAAGACGAUGGGCGAGGACACGGUAAAAGACUGAGCCUGGCUCAUACGAGAACGUUACAGUUGGAGGAAGAUGUACUGUGCGUUCGCUUUAGCCCCGACCAACGUCUUAUUGCGGUUUCGCUACUCGACUCGACCGUGAAAAUUUUCUUUGUCGACACGCUCAAAUUCUUCUUGUCGCUCUACGGUCACAAAUUCCCCGUUCUCUGCAUGGACAUAUCCUACGACUCGACCACCAUUAUCACCGGUGGUGCCGACCGCAACAUUAAAAUAUGGGGCUUGGACUUUGGCGACUGUCAUCGAUCCAUUUUCGCUCACGAAGACAGCAUCCUGGGUCUUCAGUUUGUCUCCAAGACUCAUCUCUUCUUCUCUUGCGGCAAGGACGGCAAGUUGAAACAGUGGGACGCUGACAAUUUUGAGAAUAUCACUACGCUAUCGGGUCACCACGGCCAAGUGUGGGCGCUGGCCGUCAGCGAAGAUGGCAAGUACGUCAGCUCCGCCGGACACGAUCGCUCCAUUCGACUUUGGGAGCGAACGCAGGAGCCGCUGGUGUUGGAGGACGAACGAGAAACUCAACGGGAAGCUGAAGCCGAUCAGGCGUUGGCUUUGGGUGAAGAUCGAGUGAUACCCGGCAUCAAAGCUGGUGAGGAAGCAUCUUUACCUGGCCGAAAGACGGUCGAAACAGAACGGGCAGCUGAAAGAAUUAUGGAAGCUGUCGAAGUCCACAAGGAAGUAUCCCAACAGUUGGCAGAGUACCGUGACAAACUCGAUCAACAUCAACAAUCUGGCAAGGAUGUUUCUCAGACUCCAGCCGCCCCUCAACCUCAUCCGCUCAUGGUGGCUUAUGACACGUCCGAUCCGGACAGAUAUUUGCUGAAGGUGUUGCGCCAGGUGAAAUCCAGCGAAGUGGAAGAAGCCCUCCUCGUCCUGCCCUUUCACUACGUCGGCAGCCUGUUGACUUUGCUGGACCAGCUACUGGAAAAAGGCUGGGAAACUGAAUUGGUGAUGCGGAUUUUGCUCUUUCUCGUCCGUCUUCAUCACGGCCCGAUCUCGAACGCUCCGUCUCUGCUGCCGAUCUUGAACCGAUUGCAGGGAGUGGCUCGCAAACGAGUCGACCAAGUCCGCGAUCGUAUCGGUUUCAACUUGGCUGGACUCCAAUACCUGCAACGAGAACUAGAAGAGCGCGAGGCCGUACAGUUAUUCGCUGACGCUUCCGACCGAGUCAAGCAGAAACGCAAGCAGCGCCGGAACAAAGACAAGGCUAAACAAAGGGCUAUUCUGACGUUGUAAAAAUAAUGGGUGGAAAAAAGAAACACACGAAAAAAAAAAAAAAAAAAGAGAAAUUCCAAUAAAAAAAAAAUAAUGAAAUGAGAAAAGAAAAAUAAUUUUGGCUGAGAAAAAAGGACAACGAUCGACGAAAACAAACGGAACGAUAGGGAAACAUUUGUCAUUUUUUGGGUCGGUUGAAAAGAGAAAGAAAAUUCCCUCUUAAAAAUAAAACGAUAAAUAAAAAGAAAGAAAUGUCAAAGAAAAAAUGUGUCAGCGACGGAAGAAGAAAAAAAAUUUUUUUAUAAUGUAGG